AAGAUGGCGGCAGCCGUUCUUAGUGGGCCCUCUGCGGGCUCCGCGGCUGGGGUUCCCGGCGGGACAGGGGGCCUCUCGGCCGCCAGCUCGGGCCCACGUCUCCGCCUGUUGCUUUUGGAAAGCGUGUCGGGGUUGCUGCAGCCCCGAGCAGGGUCCACAGUUGCCCCAGUGCCUCCUCCAGCCCGUUCGGCCCCACAUUUGCCCGGGCUCAUGUGCCUUUUGCGGCUGCAUGGGACGGUGGGCGGGGCCCAGAACCUUUCAGCUGUUGGGGCAUUGGUGGCUCUCAGUAAUGCGCGUCUCGGUUCUAUCAAAACUCGAUUUGAGGGCCUGUGUCUGCUGUCCCUGUUGGUAGGGGAGAGCCCCACAGAGAUGUUCCAGCAGCACUGUGUCUCUUGGCUUCGAAGCAUUCAGCAGGUCUUGCAGUCCCAGGACCCACCCCCCACAAUGGAGUUGGCUGUGGCUGUCCUGAGGGACCUGCUUCGGUAUGCUGCCCAGCUUCCUGCACUCUUCCGGGACAUCUCGAUGAAUCACCUCCCUGGCCUUCUCACCUCCCUGCUAGGCCUCAGACCAGAGUGUGAGCUCUCAGCACUGGAGGGCAUGAAGGCUUGUAUGACCUAUUUUCCUCGGGCUUGUGGUUCUCUCAAAGGCAAGCUCGCUUCAUUUUUCCUGUCUAGGGUAGAUGCCUUGAGCCCUCAACUCCAGCAGUUGGCCUGUGAGUGUUAUUCCAGGCUGCCCUCUUUAGGGGCUGGCUUUUCCCAGGGCCUGAAACACACCGAGAGCUGGGAGCAGGAGCUGCACAGCCUGCUGGCCUCCCUGCACAGCUUGUUAGGGGCCCUGUAUGAGGGAGCCGAAAACGCACCUACACAGCACGAGGCUCCAGGAGUGGAGACGCUGCUUUCCCCCUCAGAAGAUGGUGAUGCCCACGUCCUUCUCCGGCUUCGGCAGAGGUUUUCUGGACUUGCCCGCUGCCUGGGGCUCAUGCUGAGCUCAGAGUUUGGGGCUCCUGUAUCCGUCCCUGUGCAGGAAAUCCUAGAUGUCAUUUGCCGGACCCUCAGCAUCAGUGCCAAGAACAUUAGCUUGCAUGGAGACGGCCCCCUGCGGUUGCUGCUCCUGCCCUCUAUCCACCUUGAAGCCUUGGACCUGCUCUCUGCGCUCAUCCUUGCGUGUGGAAGCCGGCUCUUGCGUUUUGGGGCCCUGAUCAGCCGCCUGCUUCCCCAGGUCCUCAAUACCUGGAGCAUUGGAAGGGAUACCCUAUCUCCAGGCCAGGAGAGACCUUACAGCACCAUGAGAACCAAGGUGUAUGCUGUUUUAGAGCUCUGGGUGCAGGUUUGUGGGGCCUCAGCAGGAGUGCUUCAGGGUGGUGCCUCUGGAGAGGCCCUCCUCACCCAUUUGCUCAGUGACAUCUCCCCGCCAACUGAUGCCCUGAAGCUGCGCAGUCCCCGAGGGAGCCCUGAUGGGGUGUUGCAGGCCGGGAAGCCCAGUGCCCCCAAGAAACUAAAGCUGGAUAUGGGUGAGGCAGUGGCUCCACCCAGCCACCGGAAAGGGGAUAGCAAUGCCAACAGUGACGUGUGUGCAGCUGCACUGAGAGGCCUCAGCCGAGCCAUCCUCAUGUGUGGUCCUCUUAUCAAGGAAGAGACUCACAGGAGACUGCAUGAUCUGGUCCUGCCUCUGGUCAUGGGUGUCCAGCAGGGGGAAGUCCUGGGCAGCUCUCCGUACACCAGCUCCCGCUGCCGCCGUGAGCUCUACCGGCUGCUGCUGGCUCUGCUGUUGGCACCUUCUCCUCGCUGCCCGCCUCCUCUCUCCUGUGCCUUGCAGGCCUUCUCCCUUGGCCAAAGAGAAGACAACCUGGAGGUCUCUUCUUUCUGCUCAGAAGCACUGGUGACCUGUGCUGCUCUGACCCAUCCCCGGGUUCCUCCCCUGCAGUCCAUGGGCCCCAGCUGCCCUCCGUCUACACCGGUCCCCCCUCCUGAGGCCCCAUCUCCAUUCAGAGCUCCACCCUUUCAUCCCCCGGGCCCCAUGCCCUCAGCAGGCCCUGUGUCCUCAGUGGGCCCCAUGCCCUCAGUGGGCCCCAUGCCCUCUGCGGGCCCCAUGCCCUCAGCAGGCUCCAUGCCCUCCGUGGGCCCAAUGCCCCCGACACGCCCUGGACCUCCAGUUACAGCUAACCACUUAGGCCUCUCUGUCCCAGGCCUAGUGUCUGUACCCCCUCGACUCCUUCCUGGCCCUGAGAACCACCGGGCAAGCUCAAAUGAGGACCCGGUCCUUGCCCCUAGUGGCACUCCUCCACCUAUCCCCCCAGAUGAAACUUUUGGGGGGAGAGUGCCCAGACCAGCCUUUGUCCACUAUGAUAAGGAGGAGGCAUCUGAUGUGGAGAUCUCUUUGGAAAGCGACUCUGACGACAGUGUGGUGAUUGUGCCCGAGGGACUGCCUCCCCUGCCGCCCCCACUCCCUUCAAGCACCACAUCCCCUCCUGUAACCCCAGCUGGGCCACCAACAGCUUCUCCUCCUGUGCCAGCCAAGGAAGAGCCUGAAGAGCUUCCCACAGCUCCUGGUCCUCUUCCGCCACCUCCACCCACUCCAGUUCCUGGCCCCGUGACACUUCCACCACCCCAGUUGGUUCCUGAAGGGACUCCUGGUGGGGGGGGACCUCCAGCCCUGGAAGAAGAUUUGACAGUUAUUAAUAUCAACAGCAGUGAUGAGGAGGAGGAAGAGGAGGAAGAAGAAGAGGAGGAGGAGGAGGAAGAGGAAGAAGAGGAAGAAGAUUUUGAGGAAGAAGAAGAGGAUGAAGAAGAGUAUUUUGAAGAAGAAGAGGAGGAAGAAGAAUUUGAGGAAGAAUUUGAAGAAGAGGAAGGUGAAUUAGAGGAAGAAGAAGAGGAGGAAGAUGAGGAGGAAGAAGAAGAGCUGGAAGAGGUAGAAGAGUUGGAGUUUGCUUCAACAGGAGGGGAAGUAGAAGAAGGCGGGCCUCCACCCCCCAGCCUGCCGCCCGCUCUGCCCCCACCAGAGUCCCCCAAGGUACAGCCUGAGCCCGAACCGGAACCUGGGCUGCUGUUGGAAGUGGAGGAGCCGGGGGCAGAGGAGGAGCAGGGGACAGAGACGGCCCCCACACUGGCUCCCGAGGUACUCCCUUCCCAGGAGGAGGUGGAGAGGGAAGGAGGAAGCCCCCCGCCAGGCCCUCCUCCUCCUCAAGAGCUUGUUGAAGAGGAGCCCUCUGCUCCCCCAACUCUGUUGGAAGAGGGGACUGAAGGGGAGAGUGAUAAGUUAGCACCCCUACCUGAGACCUCUGAGGUGGGAGAAAUGGAGUCAGAGACGGAAGUGACAGCUCUCCAGGAAAAGGAACAAGAUGACACAGCUGCCAUGUUGGCUGACUUCAUUGAUUGUCCUCCUGAUGAUGAGAAGCCACCGUCUGCCACAGAGUGUGAUUCCUAGUCCACUCCUACGCCUGCUCCUCCUUUCCAAUAAAGUUAUGUCCUUGGGUAUUGA